UGCUAGUCCCGCCAGUUUAACGCGGGCGCUCGGACGUUACCGCUGUGCCUGCGCGAACGAAACGCACGCAAUUCGAAAUUCGAACGCGCGUGAAAAUUAGAACUUCCGAAUUUUAAAUUACAAAAAUGGUCAAAACCAAAGACGGGGACGGGAUAAAAAGCAACCUGAUUAUAACGGAAGUACAGAAGAGACCUUGCCUGUUUGAUUCUAACCAUCCUAAUAAUGGUGACAGGGCUGAAAAGGCAAGGUGCUGGGAUGAGGUGUACGCGAGCGUGGUUCCUGGGUACGCAGCUCUCGGGCUCACGGAGAAGUUUGCGGCUGGCAAAGAAGUCCAAAAAAGAUGGCGCUCCAUACGAGACUCUUACACCAAGGCGUAUCGCCAGGGCAAAUGCGUACCCGCAGAACAGUGUACACCCGGCAGCCGUCGAUAUCAAUACCACGCACAGAUGUCGUUCUUACUACGAGCGCUGAAAAACAAAAAACCAAGAUACUCCCAAGACAAAUACGAGUCGUUCUCAGAAAUCUCCAAUUCACCACAACACCCGCCUCCCGAAGACCCGCCAUUGCCCAAAAUAAAGCACGAAAUCAUCGACAGACCUCUAGACCUCAAAACGAGACCUGAAAAACCUACGCAGGACAAGAGCAACCAGGCUACCAUACAAGAGAAAAAUUCUUUAGAAAUCAAAAUAGACGCGAACUCAAUAUUACCUGACGACCAUUUUGACGAUGAUAAACUUUUUAUGAACUCUCUACUUCCUCUAUUUAAAAAAAUGGACGAUGACACUAGAUUAUUAUGCCGCAUAGAAGUUUUAAAAAUAAUAAGAUACGCCCUCAAGGGUCAUAAGUGUUUUGAAGCGUUGAGAAUAGCUGAGGAUAGUUUUUUCAGAGAUAGGAUGAGUGGGAUAUUGGCUAAGCAGGAAGUUGUGGAAGAAAUUAACGCGCCUAAGUCUACGUUGUCUAUGACUACUCGGUCUGCUGAUGGUAGCAGGCCGGUUAGGAAACGAAGAAAUCGUUCUCCGUCUCCUCUACCAAUGCCACCGAAAAGAAGAGGACCCGGCCGCCCUAGAAAGGUCCGUCCGCCUCCAUCUGACUCCGACGAAGAACAACUGUCAAAGAAACGCGGUCCCAAGAUGAAGGUGGUACCACUAGAGGUUCCCAGAAUGUCAGAGAUGGACGAGUCUCUCAGUAAAGCGACUAGCGUAGCGCAACUCUCCACGCCACUCUUCAUGAAGAUGUACAACCUAGAACGCUCAAAGACGCCCACAGCUCUCCCCAAUCAGCAGAACAUGCUAGUUUCCAUCAAGACGGAGCCGGUCGACGAUCAAGGUUAUUAGACUCUUAUGCGAAGAGUUAAGGCUCAAAUUUCAUUGUGAUUUCACAUUAUUCUUAUUGGAGGUACACGGAUUUCACUCGUGUAACGUAAUCCAGGUAUAUCAGACUACAAUGAGCUUAAGGUUCAAAUUUCAUAACACCCGUGUACCCAAGGCCUUGCAUUAGACUAAUGCGAUGAGUUUAAGGUUCAAAUAUCAUUCUGAUUUCACAACGCCGUAUUAAAGGUACACGGAUUUCAUACGUGUAACCUAGGUCUUAUUUGGAUUAUUUGACUCUCAACACGACCAGUUUAAGGUUUAAAUUUCAUUGUGAUUUCAUAUUACACAUGUUAAGGGUACACGGGUUUCGCCUACACUUUUGUUUGUGAGAAUUAAGUUUCUUUAGGACCGGUUGAGUACUUUGGUACCAAUGUUACAAUAUCUGGGAUAAAUUCAUAUCAUUUUAUAUAAAGCUGUAAACGUUUCAACAUAAGUGUGCUUGAUUUGGUUGCCUUCCCAAAAUUAUUGUUCAGCUAACCCUAUGAA